AUGAGCCCCUACCUGAGAGAGUCACGUGACAUAGACCUGUACCUGACCCCAUCUUUGGUCACCUGUGUGAUCCACCUCAGGCAAGGAGGGGAGGGGAAAACCGAGACCCUCGGGAAGCUAAGCCACAUCCCCCUCUACCCACCCGCCCUACCAGCCGCUUGCUCGGAGAGAGCCACGGACUGGACCGAAUUUUCAGGCGGAUUAAGUGGGCACCCCUGCAGGGCCCAGGAAGCAGCCCCAAGAGGCCUGGGUCUGGGUCCGGGCCCCGGGGCCGCCCCCCGCGCCGAGCUGGUGGCGCUGACGGCCGUGCAGACGGAGCGGGGCGAGGCCGGGGGCAGCCCCCAGCGGGUGGGCCUGCUGGGCACCCCGCUGCCCUCUCCGGCCGGGCCCGGCUCCGGCCCCGGCUCCGGCCCCGGCCCCGGCCCCGGCUCCGGCUCCGGGCAGCGCAGCUCGGCCGCCCACAAGCGCUACCGCCGCCUGCAGAACUGUCUGUACAACGUGCUCGAGCGGCCUCGCGGCUGGGCUUUCGUCUACCACGUCUUCAUAUUCCUGCUGGUCUUCGGCUGUCUGGUGCUCUCUGUGCUUUCUACCAUCCAAGAUCAUCAGGAGUUUGCCAACGAGUGUCUGCUGAUCUUGGAGUUUGUGAUGAUCGUGGUGUUUGGUCUGGAGUAUAUCAUCCGGAUAUGGGCUGCUGGCUGCUGCUGCCGCUACCGGGGCUGGCAAGGCCGCUUCCGCUUUGCUCGGAAACCCUUCUGCGUCAUAGACUUCAUUGUCUUCAUCGCCUCGCUGGCAGUCAUUGCGGCCGGCACGCAGGGCAACAUCUUUGCCACCUCGGCUCUGCGGAGCAUGCGCUUCCUGCAGAUCCUGCGAAUGGUGCGGAUGGACCGGCGCGGGGGCACCUGGAAGCUGCUGGGCUCCGUGGUCUACGCGCACAGCAAGGAGCUGAUCACGGCAUGGUACAUCGGUUUCCUGGUGCUCAUCUUCGCCUCGUUCCUCGUUUACCUGGCGGAGAAGGACGCCAACACCGAGUUCUCCUCGUACGCUGACUCGCUCUGGUGGGGUACAAUCACUCUCACCACCAUCGGCUACGGUGACAAGACCCCGCAGACCUGGCUGGGACGGGUGCUGGCAGCUGGCUUCGCCCUGCUGGGCAUCUCCUUCUUCGCCUUGCCCGCCGGUAUCCUGGGGUCCGGCUUUGCCUUGAAGGUGCAAGAGCAGCACCGACAGAAGCACUUCGAGAAGCGGAGGACACCUGCGGCCAACCUCAUCCAGGCUGCCUGGCGCCUGUACUCGACAGACAUGAGCCGGUCCUACCUGACUGCCACCUGGUACUACUAUGACAGUAUCCUCCCAUCCUUCAGAGAGCUGGUCCUUAUCUUUGAGCACAUGCACCGCGCCCGCAACGGGGGGCUCCGGAGCGUGGAGGUGAGGGAGCUGCCCGAUGGACCGCCGGCCCGUUAUCCGACUUUCACCUCCUGCCACCGCGCAGGCAGCUCCGCCUAUUGCCCCGGGGAAAGAAAUAAAAUGGGCAUCAAAGACCGGAUUCGCCUGAACAGCUCCCAGCGGCAGGGCAGCCGUGGGAAGCAACACCUGGCCCCACCUCUCCGCACCUCCCCCAGCAAUGAGAACGUGAAUGAGGCCACCAGCCCUACCAAGGUCCAGAAGAGCUGGAGCUUCAAUGACCGGACCAGGUUCCGGGCCUCUCUGAGGCUCAAGUCCCGGGCCUCUGCAGAGGACGGCCCAGUGGAGGAGAAUCCCGAGGAGAAGAGCUACCAGUGUGAGCUGACCGUCGAUGACAUCAUGCCCGCCAUCAAGACCCUCAUCCGCUCCGUUCGGAUCCUCAAGUUCCUGGUGGCGAAGCGCAAGUUUAAGGAGACGCUGAGGCCUUAUGAUGUGAAGGACGUCAUCGAGCAGUAUUCGGCCGGACAUCUGGACAUGCUGGGCAGGAUCAAGAGCCUCCAGGCACGGGUGGAUCAGAUCGUGGGCCGGGGUGGCAUGGGCAUGGAUAAGAAGACUCGGGAGAAGGCUGACAAGGGACCCGUCGAAGCCGAGACAGUGGAUGAGGUCAGCAUGAUGGGGCGAGUUUUCAAGGUGGAGAAACAGGUACAGUCCAUCGAGCACAAGCUGGACCUCCUGCUGGGCUUCUACUCCCAGUGCCUGCGGAAGGGUUCGGUCAACUCGGUCAGCCUGGGGGCCGCGCAGAUCCCGCUGUUUGACCCCGACAUCACCUCUGACUACCACAGCCCCGUGGAGCCUGAGGACAUCUCCGUAUCCGCCCAGACGCUCAACAUCUCCCGCUCGGCCAGCGCCAACAUGGACUGA